AUGGCGGCUGCACAUGCCCAACUGAAGGCGCAAUGCCAGUCCGCAGCCGAGCAAAUUGUGUCGGAGUGCGCCGCCGUCCUGGAAGACGACACCAGCACCGCGGGCCUGGCAGGCUGCGGCGAGCCCCUGGUGCGGCUGCUCCAGCGGCAGGCCACGCAGCUGCUCAGACUUGCCGAUGCCACCUCGUCAUCUGGGGAGGAAGAGCACCAAAGGGCCAAGACACUGCUGUUGAGACGGCUGGACGACAUCCGAGAGACGUCGUAUGCCAAGUUCUACGCCUACCUGUUCAAGGAGCUGCCCACCUGCUGGCGGCAGCUGUACACGGACGCGAGCAUCCUCAAGUUCGCCCUGCUGUACUCUUCCUGGCCCACCGCAGGCGACAGCGCAGCCGCCGAGGCAGAGCUGGACGAGAUGAUCAAGACGCUGGAUCUUGCGCUCAUCCUUGCCGGCGCCGCCGGGGAGCGGAGGGGACGGCCGUGGAUCGACAAGGCCUUUGCGCUGCUCGAGGAGGUCUGGCACGCGAGAUCCCCAGCCGGGGCACCAGCAGCAUCCUCGUCAGAACCCGCCGUCGUCGAGAGACCAUCCAAACGACCCAAGACGACAACCGGCGGCGAACCGUCACCACCCGCCAACAACCCCUGGGACGACACGCCCUCCUUCUCCACCCACGAGCCCUUCACCCCGCCCGUGACGCGCCCAGUCCAGCGCGUGCACGACAUGCCAGUCGAGGACUUCCAAGCGUACAUGAGCAGCCCGCAGCCGGGCAACCCGGGCCCGCUUCCGCUGAUCAUCACGGGGCUGACCGACGCGUGGCCGGCGCGCACGACCCGCCCGUGGCGCAAGCCGGCCUACCUGCUCUCGCGCACCUUCGGCGGGCGGCGGCUGGUGCCCGUCGAGCUGGGGCGCAGCUACGUCGACGCCGGCUGGGGCCAGCAGCUGCUCCGCUUCGGCGACUUCCUGGCCAACCACAUCAUCAACGCCACCUCGCCCGACACCGCCAGCGAGGAGGAGGAGAAGGAGGCGGAGAAGAAAGACAGAAAGACUGGCUACCUCGCGCAGCACCCGCUGCUCACCCACCUCCCCGCCCUGAACGCCGACAUCUACCCGUACCCAGACCACCUGUUCACCGUGCCGCCACCACACCCAACAGCAACCACAGCCGACCCAACAGCAACAAACGGAUCAUCUAGCAACCAGCCGGAGGAGCAGCCGCCGCUGGCGGCGCCGCUAGUCAACGCGUGGCUGGGCCCGCCGGGGACCAUCACGCCGCUGCACACGGACCCGUACCACAACCUGCUGGCGCAGGUGGUCGGGCGCAAGUACGUGCGGCUGUACCCGGCGUGGGCGGGGGGCGCGCGGAUGCGGGCGCGCGGGCGGGAGGCGGGCGGGGUGGAGAUGGGGAAUACUAGCCGGGUGGACGUGGGUGUUCUGGAGGGGUGGGACGAGCCGGCUUCGGCUUCGGCUUCGGCUUCGGGAGGUAGUGAGGAAGCGGAGGGGGAGGGGGAGGGGAUGAGUGAAGAGGGACAUUUCAAUGGGGGCAGGAAACGAGGAGAGGGAGGAGGAGGAGAAGAGGAGGGGUGGGAGGCCGAGUUCAGAAAAAUCGAGUACCUCGACUGUAUCCUGAACGAGGGCGACGUGCUGUACAUACCGGUCGGGUGGUGGCAUUAUGUGAGGGGGCUGAGCGUCAGUUUCAGUGUGAGUUUCUGGUGGAACUGA